AUGAUUGAACCAUAUAGUCCAGAUGUAUUAUGGAUAUUAAUUGUUGGUUUUAUAAUUGCUUUUAUUCUUGCAUUUGGUAUUGGAGCAAAUGAUGUUGCAAACAGUUUUGGUACAAGUGUUGGAUCAAAAGUAUUAACAUUAAAACAGGCAUGCAUAUUAGCAACAAUAUUUGAAAUAUUAGGAGCAAUUCUUAUCGGAGCCAAAGUGUCAGAUACUAUUCGGAAAGGCAUCAUUGAUCCUACCCAAUUUGAAUUUCAAGAAAAAGAAUUGAUGCUUGGUCAAGUGUCAUCAUUAUUAGGAUGUUGUAUUUGGCUAUUAAUAGCAACAUUUUUUAAUUUACCAGUUUCCGGUACUCAUAGUAUUGUGGGUGCAACCAUUGGUUUUGCACUUAUUUCUAAAGGUGCAAAAGUUGUAAAUUGGGGUGAAUUUGGUAAAAUUGUUGCUUCUUGGUUUAUAUCACCCGCUUUAGCAGGUGCUAUUUCAAUUGGUGUUUUUUUACUAAUCAAAAAAUUUAUUUUGGAAGCGAAGUCACAAAUAACAGUUGGUUUACGUUGGUUACCUGUAUUCUACUCUGUAACAAUUAUGAUUAAUGUUAUAUCAAUUCUACUCUCUGCUCCGCCAUUGUUACGUUUUGAUCGAAUACCAUUAUGGGGAAAACUUGUAACUACAUUUGGUGUCGGUAUAUUUAUUGCUGCCUUCGUUAUGAUUUUUGUUAAGCCUCGUGUCAGAAAGAGAAUUGAAGGCCUUUUAAAGAAGAAACGAGACCUCGAUAGUGAUCAACCACAACUAGCAACGGUAGAUGUAAGUGGAAAAGAAGAUAAUGUUUUAACAAUUAAUAAAGAAACACAAAUCGAUCAUAUUUCAAUGCUCAAAGAAUACGAUUUAAUACGUUUUCAACAAGCACAUCCUGAUCAAUUCCGACCAUAUAUUGAAGUUCAACGAAUACGAAAAGAUUCGGAAAUAAUUAGUCCACCAAUUAGCGCCAUAUCAGAAGUAAGACGUGAAAGUAAUCAAUUUCGAGCAGAAAUAUUAACCGAUGGUGGAAGAUCAAUUCACGAAAAAACAAAAAUUUAUCGUUUACCACAAUCAUUUCCGACUAAUAUUACUGGUGGUGUUGAUAGUGUUCCAGGUGAAAACAAUAGUCUAGUAUUAGCAGCUGAUGAUGAUAAUUUGUCAACAGUAUCGAGAGAGCGUAGUUCAAACGAAGAAACUGAUGAAAUUGAAGAUAAAAUGCCUGUCAUCGUAGAAAAGAAGAAAGUAGUCGAUACAACGAAUGAUAGCAUUGAAAUUUCGCAGAUAUUUACAUUUUUGCAAAUACUAACAGCUAUCUUCGGUAGUUUUGCACAUGGUGGUAAUGAUGUCAGUAAUGCUAUCGGUCCACUCAUUGGUUUAUGGUUACUCUACACGGAUGGAGAUGUGAGGGGUACAACUUCUACACCGUUAUGGGUUCUAUUUUAUGGAGGAAUCGGAAUUUCUGUUGGUUUAUGGAUAUGGGGAAGACGUGUUAUUAGAACGAUUGGAGAAGAUUUAACAAAAAUUACACCAUCAAGCGGUUUUGUUAUUGAAAUAGCAACAGCAUUCACCGUAUUAUUUGCCUCAAAUUUAUCAAUACCGGUGAGCACAACUCAUUGUAAAGUUGGCAGUGUUGUAGCAAUUGGUCGUGUCCGUGCAAAACAAAGUGUUGAUUGGUCAUUAUUUCGUAAUAUAAUUGUAGCAUGGAUUAUUACUGUGCCAGUUACAGGAGGUAUUGCUGCUGGUAUUAUGGCAUUAUUAAGAGUAAUUGUUUUGUAA